UCCAUUUAUUGCAACAAUUAACUAGUGUCAAGUUCAGUUUUGAAAAAUGUUACCCCUGAUCACGUUUGGAUUAUUUAUUGUCGUAUGUUUAUGUAUAUAUUGUUAUCAAUUAUCCAUACGCAAUAAACAUAAAUCUAUACCAUGCCCACCACUAGUUCCAGUUUUGGGGAAUUGCUUCGAGUUUAGUUCAUCAUUAGAAGGUUUAUAUUUUGAUAUUUUAAGACUGCAAAGAAAAUACGGGAAAUUAUUUCAAAUAAUUUUAGGCCCCUUUAAGCAUGUGUUUGUCGUUUUCGAUGCAGAUUUAAUGGAAAAAGUGAUGAGUACAUCAAAGCAUAGUGAUAAAUCAAUGGAAUACACUUUUUUUAAACCGUGGCUAGGUAAUGGAUUACUAAUAAGUUCAGGAAGUUUAUGGCGUAAACGUAGGAAAAUGUUAACUCCAGCUUUUCACUUUACAAUUCUUCAGCAGGCAGUCGAUAAAUUUGACGAAAAUGUUAAUAUAUUAGUGAAAAAUUUAGAAAAAUAUGCAACGACUAACGAAGUUUUUGAUAUUUAUCCACUUGUGACUUUAUGCGUAUUGGAUAUAAUUUGUGAAACUGCCAUGGACAUUAAAAUUAAUGCACAAACUGAUUCAAAUUCAAAAUAUGUUUGUGCUGUUCGGAAUGCUUGUUGUGCAUUGCAAAAAAGAUUUUUCUCUGUCGUCGAUCAAUCCGAUUUUUUUUUUAAUAAUUUUUCACGAACUGGUAAAAUGUACAACGAUUCAUUAAAAAUAUUACAUGAAUUAUCAAAUAAAGUAAUUGUAGAACGACGUGAAGCACUCAUCAGAAGACAAUCAAAUUAUUUAAUCAAUAAUGAGGAUUUUUACAAACCGAAGAUGAUAUUUUUGGAUACUUUACUUGAAUCGACAAUUGAUGGUAGAUUAUUAACUAAUGCAGAAAUUCGUGAAGAAGUAGAUACUUUUAUGUUUGAGGGUCACGAUACAGUUUCUUCAGCUAUCACAUUUACCUUAUAUCUGUUGGCAAACCAUCCACUAGUUCAAGAUAGAUUAUUUGCUGAGAUAAAAGAAGUUUUCGGUACUGAUCCGUCGAAGCCAGCAACUCUUAAUGACCUGAACAAUUUAAAUUACAUUGAACUAGUGAUAAAAGAAUCCCUGCGUUUAUAUCCACCAGUCCCGCUUGUGGGGAGAACACUUACAGAAGAUUUACAAUGGGGUGACGUUAGCUUAUCAAAAGGAAGUCAAAUUGUGGUUGUGAUUCAUGGAGCUCAUCGGCAUGAGGACUACUUCCCAGAACCAGAGGUAUUCCAUCCUGAACGUUUUUUAAAUAACACAAGCAAUAAAAAUGCAUUUGCAUACGUGCCAUUUAGCGCUGGACCAAGAAAUUGCAUUGGUCAGAAGUUUGCAAUGUAUGAAAUGAAAUCAACAAUUUCCAAAAUAUUACGUUAUUAUGAAUUAGAAUCUGCUGGACCUGGGUACGAUUUAAAGUUAAUAAUGACAGUUAUAUUUAAAUCUAUGAACGGAGUUCAUCUAAAAUUGAAACCAAGAAUAUAUUAAACACAUUAUAUCAAGAACACAGACCUCAUCGAUAAGCUUGUUGCACUAUUUUAACCAAAUUUUUAAACAAUGAAAUAAAUCGAGCUAUAAUUAGAAACAAUUAUUGUGGAGAAUUUAACGUCAUAUUUUGUUUGCUGUCUUACAAUGAUUUAUAAGGUUAUUUUUAAUUUGAAAUGAAAAAAAGUCAAAUUAUUAAUCCUCUGGCUAUUUGUUGUUGGAAAUUGACCUAGACAACACAAUGGUAAUGAAUAUCAAACACUUGACCUUUGACUAUAUUAUUUACUAAACGAUAAUUAAAUAUUUAUCUUAGCCAAUUAAUAUUUGUUACAUUACAGCUAGCGUGCAUUUUUUGAACUUAUUUACAAAAAGUCAAAAAUUGUGUGGACGUAGUUUUUUGGUAAUACAAUAACUCUGAGGAAAGGAGAUAUUGCGAAAGCCGUAUUUUUAAGUUAUUGACUCGACAAAUUUUUAAUUGCCAUCACCUCCUUGAUGAUGAUGAAUAUUUGCUUUUAUUAAUUUUAUUAGGAAAACAUUCGAAUCUCCGGCUCUGAAGACUUUAGACCGACUAUUUUCAAAAUGUGGGACUACGAAUCGAUUAUAUUCUUAUGAGGAUAAAAACAAAAGCAGACGUUAAUCAAUUUUAUGGCGGAGUAAUACAAAUUUUUCGGGAAAACUUAACUUUAAAGGGUCAGCUCAUCCAAUGUCUUUUUUUUUAUAAUUAUUAAUUUUAUUUCUUUUUUUCUUUCUUAAGUAUUUGUAUUAUUGUUUCUGUUUAUAUUUGUAAUUCAUUGUCAUUUUUGAUUUGAUAUAAUUAUCUUCUCGCACUGUAAUGAAAUGUAUUUAAUUUGUUUUUCUU